GACACAAAGGGAAGCUCACUCUCUUUUAUAGAGAGGAGAGUACAUAGGAUGCCAAAGAGGCUCUGAAUGAGAAAGCAAAAACAAUAAUAAAUAAUAAUGGUAUGCUUUACUUUACAUAAAUGUAUGACAGCUAUUUGCACUAACAAAUGUCUACAGCUAUUUACACUCACUACUGAUGCUGCUAUGGCUGACAAACACAUCGGCGCAUCAUUAUACCCAGGAUGGUUGUUGAGAAUGGUGCGGAAAUGUUAGAAUUCCAUUUCCUUUUGGAAUCGGUGUGAAUUGUUACUUAAACGAAUGGUACUCCAUAGAGUGCAGGAGCUCAAGCUGCAGCUCCUACUACUACAUAGAAGGCACACCUUACUUAACAAACAUCAGUCUUGAGGUGCUGGAUAUUUCAUUAGAUUUCAACUAUGUUCGAGUCAACCAUCCAGUCAUAUCUCCCAAUUGUCCCGUAAUUAACAAUGGUAGGAGCAGCGUGAACUUGAUAAAUACCCCUUUUCAAUUCUCAGCAUACAACAAUUUAUUUGUCGCCGUGGGUGUAGGCUGUGACAACCAGACCAUGAUGUUGACCGAUCUGCUGGACAACAAGAAGAAGAUGCUGAUUACCCAGUGCAGACUUACUUGCAAUUCUUCUACUAAUAAUAUUAGCUCCUGCACUUCCCCAAUCUCUGUGCAGUGUCUGCAGGGCUACAAGGUAAAUUUGGCGAGUAUAGGAAACAACAACAAUCAGAGUGGAGGUGGAGGUGGAGGUGUUGUGAAAACAUCAUGUACAUAUGGGUUCUAAUACAAUAACAUUACAUAUUCAAGGUUUAAUUUAAAUGAGUUAUCCGUUGGUGUCCAAAACAAGACUACUACUCAUGUCCCUGUCCUUCUCGAUUGGAUUUUCCCAGCAUGGAACCUAACUGUACCUACACCUACCAGUGAUAUAUAUAGGCCCUGUUUUUCUUCAUCGAAUGCUGUUUCUUCAUCUAACGGGAGCAGCGAAAUUGCUGAAAGCUGGACAUGCUAUUGCAAGUUUUCCUCCCGGGGAAAUCCUUACCUUCCGGAUGGAUGUAAAGAAUUUAUUGCAAUUGUAUGCCGUCGGGUGCUCAGAAGUUCCUUGGCUUGCUUUGUGCAACAAAUCAAAAAUUAUUAUCAUUGGUGUUUGUGCUGGAUUAGGAGGAUUAUUGUUUUUACUUGUUGCUAUUUGGUGGUUAACCAAAGUAAUAAAGAAAAGAAAUGACAUGAAACGCAAGGACAAUUUCUUUAAGCGGAAUGGUGGUUUCUUGCUACAACAAGAAGUGUCUUCAAGUAAUGGCAGUGUUGAAAAAACCAAACUGUUUAAUCCGGAGGAGUUGGAGAAAGCCACUGAUCAUUACAAUGAGGAUCGUAUCCUCGGCCAAGGAGGCUAAGGUACUGCUUACAAAAGCAUGUUGUUAGAUGGAAAAAUUGUUGCUGUUAAAAGGUCCAAGGUUGUCGACAAAGGAAAAGUUGAGCAAUUCAUCAAUGAGGUCGUCAUUCUUUCACAAAUUAACCAUAGAAACAUAGUCAAGCUCUUGGGUUGUUGUUUAGAGACAGACGUUCCUUUACUAGUAUAUGAGUUCAUCCCAAAUGGAACACUCUUUUAGCAUAUUCAUGAUGACCCAAAUAGGAGUUCCCAUUAUCAUAGGAGAUGCACUUUUGGAUUGCCAUAGAAGUUGCCGGAGCUCUUUCCUACUUACACUAUGCAGCAUCCAUAUCCAUCUAUCAUCGAGACAUUAAAUCCACCAACAUUCUCUUGGACGAAAAAUACAAGGCAAAAGAUUCUGACUUUGGAACUUCAAGAUCGGUCGCUGUUGAUCAAACUCACAUGGGCACUCUAGUACAGGGGACAUUUGGGUACUUGGAUCCAGAGUACUUUCAAUCAAGCUAAUUUACUGAUAAAAGUGAUAUUUACAGUUUUGGAGUUGUUAUUGUU